AUGCUCUUUCAUUGUGACGCCUACCCCCCCCAGCCUGAGCGGCUGUUGCCUCAGCAUCGCAACAUGGAACGCAGUUGCUUUGCACCGGCCGACCCUGAGGCCGUGUCAUCAGAACUGGAACAAAAUUCGGAGCGAAUUUGCCUUCUGGAGCAGGUCGAGCUGAAGGUAACACAACGGCUGGGGAUGUCUGGGGAGGAUAUCGAUUCUGAUGCAGUUCUCCUUGCGUCCAAGCAGGGGAAAUGCUCCGACUCGGAGGAUGUUCUGCGGAUUCUUCAAAAACUCCAUUGCCUCCGACUUCAGGAUAGUCGGGCUCGAAAAUUGUUUCCAGUGGAACCGGAAACGCAUUCAUACCCUUCAGGUAUCCCAUAUCAUGUCGACGCUUCAAGAUUCUUCGCCCUCAUCAUAGUACGAGACGCGCAGCUAAUGCAGGAGUACUUGACUGAGGACCUUGGUGUUCCCAGAGCUCGCAUCCAGCUACUGGUCGGAUCCAAGGAGCAUGCAUCCCCUAACGAUCCAAUGAAUCCCUCGCAGAUUGCGUUCGGCGACAACGUCAUCAUUUUCUAUUCAGGACAUGGUGCCUGUUAUCCUUCUCAUGCAGAGGAAGGCGACGCGGUUGUCCCGUCCCAGAUAUCAGCGACCGGGAAUUCAACUGGAAUCCUGACCCAGAUCUCUCGAGCUAAGGGGGAUAGGAUCAUGGUGAUUCUCGAUUGCUGCCACUCUGGCAGUCUCAUCCAGGAUCUCCCUGAGCCGGGAGCACGCACAUCUCCUCCCAUGAUGUGCGCAACGCUUCAAGACAUGCUCAUGGCUGGAGAGAAUGCUCUGAGGGGCUUCCCCGGGUACCGGUCGAUCAUGGCGAAGGAUUGGACACUGGAUAUGAGCUCCCACGUUGUCUUGGCAGCCUGCAGAGGUUACCAGUUUGCGAAGCCGAAGAAGGUGAUGAGGGACGAUGGCACUGGGGACACAUUGGAAUUUUUACGGAUUCCCUUGUGA